AUGUCGUCUCGAUUUCCUCCAUCGUCCGGGUUUAACUCCCGUGACCGCUCCCCCCUCCGAUUUGGGGAUCGUCGCCCUCCUGCCGGUCCCCGUGGUCCUGACGACGGUAGUCCUCCAUUCGGGAGAGAACCACCGCGCGGCCCGCGUGCCCUAGUCGAUUCUCCAAGAGGGGGUCAUUUUGGUGGUGGACGAGGCCGUGGAUAUGGCCGAGGUGAAUUCCGAGAUCGAGAUCGAGACCCACGAGACCGCGAUCGCGACCGCGAUUUUCGAGAUUCUCGCGAUGCGCCUCCUUUCCGCCGCGACAUGGACCGGGACUGGGGUCGUCGAGACCGGGACUUUGAACCACGAAUUGGUUUUGGUAGAGGUCGUUCGAGAUCCCCGACACGCGACUUCCGUGACGUAAGAGAACCCCCCGGUCGCGAUUUCGACCUCGUUCGCAUGCGCCGCAAUUCAAGAGACAGCAUCCUUUCCGCUUCAUCUGGUGGUCCAGACGGCCCACCAUCUAAUGGAGGCCAUCAUCCACGAGGCGGUAUGCGCGGCAGAGGCCGGGGUGACUGGGAAGGUGGUCGUGGUCGUGGUCGUCCGAAUUUUUUUGAUGAUCGCGAGCCGUUUAGACGCCGUAGUCGAUCCCGAGAUACAUGGCGUGGCAGAGAUCGAAUGAAUGACCGUGAUCGUGAUCGCGAUAUAGAUCGAGACCGUCCUCCCAUGGACCGCGGCGAUCGUGUUCUUGACCGAGAUAGGGAUCGUGACAUCAUGCGGGAUCGAGAUGUAGAUCGACGUGAACGGUUUGAUCGCCGGGAGGAUUGGGACAUCCGUCGAGCUGAUCGUGAGGAUCGUGACCGUCCUAUUGAGCCGUGGAAGAGAGACCGCCCUUCAAGCCGAGCAGAAAAUCGUGCUGGCUCCAUUGCUCAUGGACCGCCUGCGGCGAUGGGUUCUUUUUCUUCCGAUCUUUUACCUGACCCGACUCCCUCGGAACAAUCCCGGAAGCCAUCCAUUAUAUCCGGACCAGGUGGUCUGGACAGUAGACGAGAGAGCAUUCGAUCUGAAACCAUACCUUCCUCCCUUCGCACCGAUGCAUCCAAAGACUUGGGACCUUCCACCCAAAACUCCCCACCUCCAUCAGCACCACAAGUUCCCGCGUUUGGAUCUGUAUCUACUCCAAUACCUUCUUUGCCUCCUCCCAAAGGCCCAGCUGAAGGACGCAGACCAAGCGACGCGUCGAUCCAUGCAGAGAAGAAUAUCAAAGAAAGCCAGCCAAAAACCACCCCUCAACCCCCAACAGGGCCGAAAGCCGAGCGCACAGAGUCCUUUGCACGACAAAAUACAGAGCUUCCCAGCCAACAACCAGACAAUCGUCAAGCACAAGAUGAUACCGCACGAUUACCAAGGGGAUCUAUACCGGGAUCAGACAUUUCUCCCCCAACAGCACCGGCUGCGAUGGUCAAGAGAGACUCAGUACACGGUCCGAUCGAAUCCCAUGGACCACCUUUCAAGCCGGCCUCCAAGCCGGCCUCCAUGACCACUUCUCCCACAAUCCCUCGAUUACCUCUACCACCUCGUUCAAUGUCUCGAGAUACUUCAGUUUCGCCUCGAAUGCAAACAUCGAGUAUUCCCACAGGACCACGGUAUCAGGGACGACAAGGCUCAUCACCACGAGGACAUAAUAAAGGUAACAAGCCAUGGAAUCGUCCGGGGUUCAAUCAUGCUACUCCUGCAUCUAAUGGCCCACCCAAGAAAGAGGUUGAUGAAUCCGAAUCAUUACCGCCUUCGGACGAGAAGCCCUCGGACCGAAUCCCGCAUGAGCCAACCAAAUCAGAAGAGGAGCAGCGCGACGAGGAUCCUAUGGAUUACGAACCUGCUGAACCAGCUAAGCCCGCUGAGUCUGCUGAGGCCACAGCACCUAGAGAAUUUGUUGAGCCCACAUCACCUGCUGAAUCUACUCAGCCUACUGAGCCUACUGAGCCUACUGAGCCUACUGAGCCUCCUGAGCCCACAGGACCUGCUGAACCCACAGAGGGUGCUGAGACUGCUGAGCCCGUUGAGCCCGCUGAGACUCCUUCUUUAACCUCCCCAUCCAUGAAACUCGCCAUCCGAAGCAGUCCACCGCCAAUAUCAUCUGUUGAAGUCACCUCGCAGAAAGAAGAGCCGGAGGAGGGGCCAAAAGAAGAAGGUAAAAAUGAGUCUGCUAUUAUUUCUGGUCUUGCAGAAUCAAGUGACGAAGAGGACGAAGAGAACGAUGUAUUCAGUCACGAAUAUUUGCAGGAGCGAAAACGAUUAUUCGAAAGAGAUAUGGAACUUCUUCGAGCAGAAUUACCUCCCUCGCCUUUGGAAGACCCUCACAUUGUCUCUCUUCUCAUGAAAAUACAAUUAUUGGGCAAGAUUGCACAGGAGGAGACUGCAGAUCCGGCUCCGGCAGAGCCUCAUCCGUCAGUUGAAAUGGCAGAAGCCCCCGUCGCAUCGCCUGGUGAACGAAAUGUAACUUUUGAUCCCGAAGUCAUUGGAGACAAGGAUGACCCAAUUCCGCAGGCCUCCAAAGUCCCCGAUGUACUGCACCCCGAAGUUACUAUUGAAAGCCUACCUUUCCUUGCGACAGGCCCUCCCACACCACUGUCAGACAUGGAAGUAUGGCAUGAAAAUGACUCUUCCCAAGAACAGCUCAAGGAUGUAUUCCGCGCUGAAUUGUGCAAGCGAAAAAAGGAAGUUGCGAAAAAGAAUGCAGCUCUAAGGGAGGAAUACAUGUCGUACUACAAGCCUUGGCGGUUAGCCAUUUGGGAGUUAGAUCGCUCUAAGGACAAGAAGCCCAUGACUCCCGGCCCAGCAUCUCCUCCACCGCCCACGGCACCAGUAACGCCAACAGUAGUACCGGAUAUUCGUGAAAGCCGCGAAGGUCGUGAAGGGCGCGAAGGGCGCGAAGGACGCGAAGGACGACGAUACAAAGGAAACAGCGAAUUGGAUUUCCUCAAUGCGUUGAAAGCCUCUGAGAUCUCUGCUCAAGAGGAGCUGGAGCGCCGAAGAACAAAAAUGGCAACCGCUCGUCCAGACUUGGCUCGUGAAGCAAUCAUCCCUGACAUGCUCGAGCCCCAGGAUGAGAAAUCGCGUAUCUACAAGGACGUCAACAAUACUGUGGAUCCUGACGAAGCGAUGAAAGUGUUUGGUUUUGUUCCACCACCUAAUGAUUUCACCAAAGAAGAGCAUACGAUCUUCACAGAUGCUUUCAUGGCCUACCCGAAGAAAUGGGGUAAAAUCGCAGAGGCAUUGCCUGGUCGAGACUUCAAGCAAUGCAUCAUUCACUACUAUCUCACCAAGGAGGAAAUCAAGUACAAGGCCAAGCUGAACAAGCGAUGGAGCAAGCGAGGCAGAAACAAGCCUAAGUCUGCUCGUCCAAAGUCCAAUGCUCUUAUUGCCGACCUCGGUGUAGUCAAACCAGAUUUUGAUGGAGAAGACGAAACCCCCGCUGUCACUGAUACCGGGCGCCCGCGUCGCGCCGCCGCCCCAACAUUCGGUGAUUCAAAUGACCCUGAAGGCGCAGCCACCGGUCGCCGUGGUCAAGCUACAAAAGAGUCCGAGCCCAUAGAAAAGCCCGUUUCUCGGCGCGGCGGCCGGACCGCUGCUUCUCGUGGUCAAAAGCGCACUAAGACCACCGAAAAGGACCAAAGAAGCCAAAGCCAAAUCCAACUCCAACCACCACAACCACCACUACCCCCAGUUCAAGGCCCUCCUCCUCCUAUGAGUGCCUUGCCCAAGAUGGAAGUGGGUGUGGAUGGUAUUCUUGAAUCUGAGCUACCCACUGAACGAGAACCCAUUGAGAGAGAACCCCAACCUCCUAUCUCACGACCCAGGGUGGGGCGUGGAAGGGCGAAGGAAGGUGUGUAUGUUUUCGAGUCUACCGAAUCUGAUCCAUCUCUCCCACCCAAACAACAAGAGACUGGGUACGGAUCACUCCAGCCGACAAGUUACUGGUCUGUCCCAGAACAACGCGAUUUCCCCCGUUUGCUUGCACACUUUGGCCGUGACUUUGAAGGAAUUUCGAAUUUCAUGAAGACUAAGACUACAGUAAUGGUUAAAAACUACUACCAGCGCCGACUUGAUUCUGGACAGAAGGACUUUGAGGACAUCAUGAUAAUUGCAGAGGAGAAGAAAGGCCGCGGCGAACCAACUGGGCCCCUUCCUGUGCCUAGUGUUGCUCCCAAGCGGCGCUACGAGGCGACACCAUCUGCAAUCACUCCUCGGCCACUUGCUCCCCAUGGUGAGUUAAUGGGCGAGGGCGACGAGGCGCGAUUUCCACCAAAGGGCAAACCCCUUGCAAUGUCUCCUCAACCAAUGCCGCUUCAUGGUCGGCCUCUACCUGAGAGUGAGCGAGGUCGUUAUCCGCCCUUGGCACAAGCAUCUACUUCUGCCUCAAUGCCCCCCGGUGCCCCAGGUUUGGUGGACGAUGGCAGAGGAGUAAUGCGCGGACAGGCGAACCAGCCUCAACAACGGAUACAAGGGCCACGGUUAGGGUAUUUCACCAACGAGGAUAGACGGGAAUCUUCGCUAAUGCCCCAUUCAACUCCGCGGAUGCAAGAAAUGCAAAUCUCAUCCCGGCACACCCCUGCCGCGCCCCUCCCUGCAGAAUUAGCUCGAAUGGAUCCUAUGUCCACGCAGGCGUAUAUGGCUGCUCAGACUCCUUCUCUUCUUCCUCCGAGCCAUUCACGUCGUCCAAGCCUUACUCAAGCCCCUGGCUCGCCAACGCAAUUGUCUAGACCCGAGCUUGAUCUAUCCUCUGUCCACCGUGAUCCAUUUGGACAGAGGCAGUAUUACCCACUUGCAAGCCAACCGGUAGGACUUUCACAGUCUCCUCAUCCUGUCUUGUCGCCCGUCAAAGAUGUUCCACGACCGAGCGCUACUCCAGUACCCGAUUCCAAGGUUCCGGCGAAGCGUUCUAACAUCAUGAGCAUUCUUAACGAUGAGCCCGAAGACCCGCAGCCGAAAAAGCGUUUUGCUAGUCCUCAACCCCCAUCCAGUCUUGUUUCUGGCUCUGGAUCUGCAACACGCCCUUCUUACCAACCUGGUGGGCCAACUCGUGCCGACGAGAAUAUCAUGUCCGGUGGAACGCAAAAGUCCCCUGGCUACAAUAGCCAGCAAAGUCAAUACCAGUCACAGACCCCGUCACGCGGCUACGCAGAUUAUUCCAACUAUGGUCCCCAUGCUGGUAGCUCAGGAUCAUCGGCAAACAAUGACUGGAUGGCGCGUUUCGACCCGCGGGCACAGCAAGCUGGCUCUCAGCCACAGCCCCCACCCCCAUCGCAGCCAAGCAGUCGUGCAGCCGCAUCAGCGACCCCUCAAAACCCAUACUCGCAUUACGCUUCUACUGCGCCUCAGUCGGGGGGACCUGUUGUUCCUUCUGCGCCUACGCCCCCGCCGGCUUCUCAGCGACCUGCUUACUCUAGUAUGUUUUCGCAACCGUCCAGUGGACAGAACCAGACGCCUUCCAACUCCCGUGACCCUCGCGAUAUGCCGGCGCAUCCUUCGGCCUAUCGACCAAGUUCUCCGCCGUCGCGUGCCAGUAGCGUUUUUGUUUCAAGACAGGAGCCUUCAUCCGCAAAAUCAUCUGGAAACAUGUAUAACAUACCACCACGCCAGUCUGGUGGACAGUCUUCCUAUUCUCCCGUCGCUUCCAGCCCGGCGCCUGUGUCAUCGCUCAACCAAGGCUACCAGCACCAUGUUCAAACCUUAGUGAAUGGAUCUCAUCAAUCUCACCGAUCCACGCCGGUCAGCUUAACUGGUGGCCCCCCACCAUAUGGACACAGCACACCUCCACCACAAGGUCAAAACGGCCGAUCGAUGCCAUCGCUCUCAAGUCUAGGACGGUCAUACACCCCGCCAGCUGGAAUGCACCAUUCAGUUGGUGGGAAUUCCUUAGGUUAUGCUCCACUUCCUCCAUCUUCAGCAGGAACGAUGCCACCUCUUCAUCAACGACCACCAGGACCGGGCUCGCUAGGCGAACCCACGUCCACACCAUCCCAUCAUCGUGUCUACAGCCAAAGCUCAAUGCAAGGCGGAAUGCCAGGCUCAUUGCACCCUCCCUCCCAACCUCCUCGCUGA